UCGUGUGACCUCGCGAACGACGACACGCACCAUUCUUCGCCGCAAAGUGACCCACCGAGAGAGGGACGUCUAAGCUGGACACGACCAUAAAGAUCUCCACACACUAUCGCCUCAAAUCAUGGCUUCAGACGAGCCGCAGAUGAUUCGGACCCUAGGACACGUCCUGGUCACAGGAGGUGCUGGAUUCUUGGGAAAUCACGUUGUCACUCUUCUGGCCUCACGAAAAGCAUGCGAACGAAUCACUGUCCUGGACUUGAAGCAACCUCCAAACCCAGUUGAUGGCGUCAACUACGAGCAGGGCGAUCUCACAGACCUCGAUGCCAUGCUCAAGUUCUUCAAUCAGCACAAGUUCGACGCAGUCAUUCACACCGCGAGCCCGGUCAUGACGUCUAGCGAUAAGAGGGCGCUCACGUACAAGGUCAAUGUGGAGGGUACCAAGGUGAUGAUUAAGGCAGCGCAGGAGACUGGUGUCAAGGCAUUCGUCUACACGAGUUCGGCCAGUGUGGUCUCGGAUACACAGAGCGACUUGAUCAAUGCGAACGAGACAUGGCCACUCAUCAUGGGGAAAGAGCAGCCGGAAUACUACACAACAACGAAGGCCCAGGCUGAGCUACACGUUCUGGCCUCGAAUCGCACCGCAGCACAUCCCAAGUUCCUCACGUGUGCUCUGCGUCCUUCUGCCAUGUUUGGCACAGGUGAUGUUCAAUGCCUCCCGCCAGGACUGAGCGCAUACUUCAAAGGCCAGACGAAGAUUCAAAUUGGUCAGAAUGAAAACCUCUUCGACUUCACCGAGAUCCGGAACGUCGCGCAUGCCCACCACCUUGCUGCGGCGGCACUCCUCGCAACCGCCGAACGCGAAUCCAAAGGCCAGGCGAUCCCUCUGGACCAUGAAAAGGUGGACGGAGAGGCAUUCUUCAUCACAAACGACGCUCCCCUAUACUUCUUCGAUUUCGCGCGCAAAUGCUGGGCUACCGCCGGGGACAAGACGACGCCCAGUCAAGUAUGGAUCCUGUCGAAAGAAGUUGGGUUGCUGUUGGCCACAAUCAUGGAAUGGGUAUUCUUCAUCUUCCGUCUAGGUCCGCCGAACUUGACGCGGCAGCAAGUGAGGUACACAUGCAUGACGAGAUACUACAACAUUGACAAAGCGAAGAGAAGACUAGGGUACAAGCCGAUGGUGAAGCUGGACGAUGGUGUGAGAGAGGGCGUUGCCGAUGCGCUGUAUAGGGGUGUAGUACGGGGCCAACCGAUGGAGCUGAAGGGCAAAAAGAUACAGUAG